ACACGACAAAACUCCGUCCCCAGCUUUCAUCAUGUUCCUCGGUGGUGUUAGCUUCCUUCCCCUCCGACCCGGCUUAAUAUGCAGAUCUCUCUACCCCUAGACUGCCAUUAACAACCUCAAUUUCUACCAAUUCUCAACUCCUCUAGCCAAAACCCUCAAAGAUCUUCCUCUGUUGGUGAAAAAUCAGAUGGGUGACAGUGAAGACGAAACCGGGUACCCGAAGAAGUUUUACCCUCUGAAUCGCCAAACACAUCCUAUGUACACUCGACCCAUCCCCAAACGCCACGCGUAUUACCACGAAGAAGAAGAAGAAGACGAAGAGGAGGAGCAAGAAGACGACGGAGGAGUAGGAGGAGGAGGAUACAGUCAUCGGUUUCAGAAGAGGCUUAAACCGACCAAACCGGUUCCUUCCGGUUACGACUUCUCCACCUCCGGUGGUCCGAGCGACGCGAAAGCCGAGCAAGAGGCGUUCGUCCUUUUGGAAGUGUGGGGAGACAGGUUCUUGCAGCUUGGUCGGAGGAGUUUGAGGAACGAGGACUGGAACGAGGUCGCGGAGAAAGUCAGCGAGGAGCUUCGGUCGGAGAGGUCCGAGACGCAGUGUCGGAGAAUGGUUGAUAACUUGAAGAGGAAGUACAAGAAGGAGAGGAUCAAGGUGGAGAAGUCCGGUUUGGGUUCGAGCAAGUGGUCGUUUUUCAACAAGCUGGAUAUGUUGCUUGGUGGUGGCGGUUCUUCGGCUAAACCGGAGUUCGGUUUAGCGUGCGGGGUUGAUUCGGGGGAGUUUGUGUUUAUGAAUACCAAGGUUUAUUUGGAGAAGUCUAAUGGGUUUGAUGAGAUGAUGGAUAGUCCUGGCGAUUCGGAGGAGGAUGAUGAUGAGGAGGAGGAGGUUGAGUAUGAGAGGAGGAGGAGGAGGAAGGGGGACGAUGAUGCGGCGUCGUAUAAGCUGUUGGCGGAUUCGGUUGAGAGGUUUGGGAAGGUUUAUGAGAAGAUGGAGAAGAGUAAGAAAGAGCAGAUGAAGGAGUUGGAGAAGAUGAGAGGUGAGUUUCAGAGAGAUUUGGAGUUGCAGAAGAAACAGAUUGUGGAGAGAGCUCAGACUGAGAUCGCUAGGCUACGUGAAGAGGAUGAGGAGGAGGAAGAAGAGAAUCAUCGUCGUGAUGGUGGUGGUGGUCAUGAGAGUGAAGAUGAGGGUAUGGGCAAUGAUUCUGAUGUGAAUCUCAGUGAUUGAAUAAUAAUAAUAACUUAGUGUUGUUUGUUUUAUUAGAUUCAAGAAAGGUUCUGUUUUUGUUUUUCGUUGUGGGAAAUUCAGAACUGUUCAGUUUUUUUUAUUUGCAACUUGUGUUUGAUGGUUACAAGUUUUAUUUAUAUCGAUUAGUAGAUUAUUAUAGCCA